UGCUAUAAAGGGGCAGAGUCGAGUCUGACUGCAAAUGGAGCGACUGCGCACAGCAGACUCCUCCAAACGCUCAACUUAUACAGAGAGACACAACUGUUACCCGUUUACCUUUCAUGUAAAGACUCAGUUCGACAGCAGACACCACCGAGAAAGUCUUUCUUCACACUAGCCGCUCCGCGAGAGAAGAAACUCACAAGUGCGCGUGAACACUCGGCGACCAGCCUCUUCCGUCUCCCGCAGCUCUGGACUCUUUUACACGAAUAAACCAUGACUUACUGCACGCAAUUCCCACUCAAAACACCAGAGACUUUCUCACCCGUGCUUAUACGGCAUGUUUGUGUUAUCUGAUAUGAAGGAAGAUGCUUAAAUCCUCUCAUACAUGCCUGGAAUUUUCUGCUGGGAACAGAAAGUGGGCGUUUUUCUACACCGAAGCACUGGAGGAGGAUUUGCGCGAGUGCUGCAACUUGCAGUCUCAAGUGAGGCAACAUGCAGUAAGUUCACCGUUUGAAGGAUUUGCAGUUAUCUAAAAAUCAGUUGCUGCAUUGCAUUGGUGUUAUGAAGAUGAAGAUCAUGAUGAAGAUGCGCCUGGAUUAAUAAGCUCACAUUGAUUCUCAGGUUGUUUAGCUAUAUAUACAGGUCGAUAUGGCACAGGAGGUCGUGUAUGAUAACCGCAGUAUAGUGGCGAAGUACAUCCACCAUAAGCUCUGGAAGAAGGGAUUCGUGUGGGAAGUGAAUGGACACGAUGACAGUGUCUCGAAUGGACUGAUGAUGGGGAGGCAGGAGGAGGACAGCGGCGUCUCUCCCAGCCCGCGUCACGACCCGCUCAGCGCUCUUCACAAGGUGCUACGGGAGGCUGGGGAUGAACUGGAACGGUUAUAUCAGUCGGACUUUGCGGAGAUGUCCAAACAGCUGCAUCUCACGUCCAUCACGGCGCAUCAGCGCUUCACCGCGGUCAUAGACGAGCUGUUCAGGGACGGCGUGAACUGGGGCAGAAUCAUCGCUUUUUUCGAGUUUGGAGGGACUGUUUGUGUCGAAUGCGUGAACAAGGAGAUGACGGCGCAGGUGGAUAACAUUGCGGGCUGGAUGACGGAAUAUCUGAACGGGCCGCUGCACGGCUGGAUCCAGGAGAACGGUGGCUGGGAGGCAUUUGUGGAGCUCUACAGCAGGCAGAGGGAAUCAGUGUUUCGCAGCUCGUGGUCGUCAAUAGUAACAGUCUUCGGUCUAGCCGCUCUCGGGGCCGUUGGCUUGACCAUAGGAGCCUACCUUGCCCAGAAAUGAGGAACCUUCCCCUCCUUCACUCGCUUGCCCUUUCUCCCUUCAGUCAACCCCCUCCUCUGCUUUCCCCAGAAGACAUCCAUGUCCCAGGACUGCUCCUCUUCAAAGCUUUUCUCCCACUCUCUACAAGUCUUUCUUCUCUGCCUUCAAACACAAAGACAGAAAAGACAGGAAAUGAAUGCACUGCCGACACAUCAUGAGAGGAUGGCGGAGAAGAUGAAUAAUGAGGUGAAACAGACAUUGGCAGAUGUGUCAUUGGCAGAAUUAGUUCAGAUCUCAAAGUGAGUUUUGAGUGUAGCACAUAUUAGUGUAUUUAUACAUAAAAAUGAUGGGAAAAUGGACAAGAAACAUCUGGAGGUUUUGAAGAUCUUUGGUGAUUGAGGUAUCUUUUGAUGACACCAGCACUCCAAAUGUCCUUUAACAGUCAGGUUGAUCUUAAGAGACAAUCUGCACUAAACUACCAUUGUUUAUCUUAGUUGUUUUUGUAGGAUUAAUUGUAGCUUGUCUUUUACCAAUUUCAGGCUAACGUUUCUUGUGAUAUUGCCGCCACCCUUGUAUCAUAGAGUGUGAGUAAGAACCAGAAGAACUGUGAGGAGGAAAAGAGAGAAAUGGCAUGAGCGUUAAGACAGUGUCCCUCUAGACACUGGAUGUUGAUGAAAUCUCGUGCUCACUGAUUUCAAGAAGGAACAGCUGAAAAAUGGAUAAUGGGAUGCCAUUUUCUCUUUGUAGCAAUAGCAACUUAAAGAGCUUUAUUGAGGACUUAAAGGGGUCAUCGAAUGCCCAUAUUCCACUAGUUGGUAUGAUUCUUUAGGGUCUUCAUGUAAAGUUUGUAACAUACUUUGGUUAAAAUUCCUCAAUGGUUGUGUAAAAAAACACCCUUUUUACCUCCUCAAAAACAGCUCUGUUCACAGCGACCCGUUUCGGUGCAUGUCUCUUUAAAUGAUAAUGAGCAACUGCUCACCCCACCCCUCUCUUCCGUAGGGCGUGUGUCGACACAACAUGUAAAGUGCUGCCUUGGCAACCUGCCUUG